AUGUACAGAAAUUGCACGAUAUUGGUGAGGCAUUGCACACCUCAUGAAGGCAGUCGGAUCGACGGGACAUGCAACAAUUACCACUUUCCCACGAGAGGAUCUGCUAGAGGCCCAUAUUUAAGAUUGAUGAAUCCGGAUUAUGCCAAUGAGUUACUAGAAAUAUUUAAUUUGAUAAAAUUAUUUUUCAUUCUCUGUACCCCAAAGGCGAAAUUCGGAUGGCAACUGCAGGUGCAUUCGUACGUCAAACUAAGAAAACAAAAAUCAUUUUCAGACAAACGAGAUAUCCGCAGAGACAGAAACGGUGGCGAUUUACCUUCCGCUCGGCGAGUCCGCACAACGCUGCAGACCGAUGGACGAGUGGUCGACAAACAUGAGUUCACCAUAGGCGCCUACCAUUAUCUCGAGUUCAUCCAUCUUGAUGUCAGUUUACUUAACGGACCUUGUAAUUCUCCUGUUUCAGAUGAUUAUCUAAGAUAUAGACCGUACUGUUGCCAGCCUGAAGGGCGGUUGGACCCUCGAUGCAAGCCUAUACUAGUUCCUAAUGAUGAUCCUUAUCUCAGAGUGACUGAUAUACGCUGUUUGAAUUUUUCGAGAGCGGAGACCUUCCAGGAUAAUGGCUGUAUCAACGAUACGUAUACACCUGAACAGGUAAAAAAAUAUGUUGCUGUUAAUGCCUUAAACCUACUUCGCAAAAUGUGCAUAAAUUUUCAAACACCGCUUAUAGAUCUUUCUACAAUAUACGGUGUCGAUGAUAGAAGUGAGAAUGCAGUCAGAGUGUACGAGCAUGGUUUGAUAAAACUACAAUACAGAGGCUUCCGUUAUGUGCCCUUAGCUAAUCUAACGGCAAUCAACACAACAGAUUUAAAUACCUUGCUCUCCUUGAUGGAUCCCGCAGUCUUAGCAAAUCUUACGAUGUUAAACCAGCAAAUGUCAAAUUCUUCUAUGUGGCAAAAUAUGACAAUGCAAAGUCGGCAAAAUAUGUUGUUUAAUUUUAUGAUGCUGAAUGGACCAAUGUUUAAUAACUCCCCAAUGUGGCAAAAUUCUACCUUGACUAGUAAUAGAGGAAUGCUAGGAAGUAUGUUUACUUUGGGGAAUAUGCAAGGAGUGUUAUCAAUGCUACAGAAUUUAACUAUGUUAAAUUCUCAAAUGUUAAAUAAUCUCGCAGUGCUUAAUCCUGAAAGAUUAGGCAACCUAAAUUUGACAAACCAGCAAAUGCUUGAAAAUCUUUCCAAGAUAAAUCCGGAAAUGCUUGCGAGCUUGAUAAGUUUAAAUCCUCAAUUGUUAGGAAAUCUAGGCACCUUUGGAAACAUGCCUUCUACAAACCGUCGCCGUCGCCAAGGAGUGGUACCUAUAAGUUUACCUACAACAGGCGGACUCAUCGACGCUAUAACAUCUCCAAUAGAAGAAGAACUGGAUGAUUACAUUCCAACUUUGAUGAAACUUAUCAACAUGACCAACUUGAAUAAUACUAUAUGUCUGCAAAACAUGAACAACGAAAGUAGAUGUUACGUGUUUGGUAAGAACCUAACAGGAUUAAGUUAUUUUAAUUCCAGCUCCAAAAAUUCUUAUAUUAUUCAAAUUUUUAUGUAUGCAGGAGUUCCCGAAGCCGGUAACUUUGACUUGCGAACGACAACAUUCGCAAUUUUCUUCAUGAGGGAGCACAACCGGUUGGCACAAGCCCUGUACAAGCUGAACCCUUGCUGGAAGGACGACCGCCUCUUCAAAGUAGCGAGGCAGAUUAAUAUUGCCACAGCGCAGAACAUUCUUAUGUAUGAACUAUUACCAAAAAUAUUGGGCUAUAAGAACAUGUUAAAAUACGGGCUAAUAUCGGAACACGUGCAAUAUGUGACGGCGUACGACGAGAGCGCUGUGCCGCUGGUCUACGCCGAGUUUGAGAUCGCCGUCAGAUACUUCCAUACUAUGCUGGAUGGCAGAAUCAAGUUGUACGAUGAAAAAUAUCACUAUGACAGGGAGUUCUCCGUCAGCAAUACGACCUUCAGACAAAGUCUUAUCGAGCAGGAUAAGAAUUUUGAGAAAAUAAACAGGGGUACAUUCUACCAACACGCAGCCAGAAUAGACGACAUCCAGGAUCCUGAGUAUUUGUUACUCAAGAUUUCAGAAAAAUACUACGGAGAUUUGCAACGAGCUGCAGACCUACCAACUUUAGACAUACAACGGGGAAGAGAUUUAGGUAUAAGAGGAUACAAUGAUUACAGACAUAUCUGCGGUAUGAAACCAGCCAGAAAAUUUGAAGAUUUUGAAGACGUCAUGGAUCAUGAGAAAAUAGAAGCUCUAAAGAGGCUAUACGUACAAAUAGAGGACAUUGACCUGUUAGCUGGUAUAAUGAGCGAGAACCACUUGCCUGACACAUACGUCGGCCCUACACUCUUCUGUAUCAUGACGAAACAGCUGCAGCUGUAUAGAUAUGCUGACCGCUUCUGGUUCGAGAGGGGCCAUCAAUUCCACAGUUUUACUUUACCUCAAUUGCACGAGGUCAGGAAGACUAGCAUUGCUCGUUUCGCGUGUGACAACGCGGAUGCGAUCAAGUUCAUUCAGCCGCAUGCGUUCGAACUUGUCGGGCCUCACAAUCAACACAUGCCAUGUACUCAUAUUCCUGGUUUGGAUAUCAACAAGUGGAAGGACAAUAGUUGUUAUAACGAUAAACAUCCUUACUCUACUAAUGAAGAGAACAAGCAAGGAGUUUAUAACGGAAACAAUUUAUUUAAUAAUAAAGAUGAAAACCAAAUGGAAUGGGCUGUACAUAAAGGUAGUAACAUCGAAAAUAAAAAUAUUCAGUCUUUUCCAAAACAAGUUAAAAUCGACGGUGGAGUUGCUUGGCCAAUGAUUGAGAAUACAAAAAAAGAAGGCUUAAAUGAACAAGUUCUACAAUGGUCUAUGAAUUUAAAUGAUGAAAAUAAUAAUGAGAGACAAAAUACUAUAAAAGAACAUAAAGAAACCUUACAUCGUACUUCAUUUGAUAAUACCGGUCAACAAAAAGAAGAAAUGACACUUCUUGUAAGUAAACCUGGACCUAAUUCGGACCAUUGGACUAUUAAUAAAUACGGAAAAUUUGAAGGUGCGGUCUACGGCCCCACUAAAAAACAUCAUGAAUCUGAAUUUUUGGCAUUAAAGCAUUCUUUGGACGACAGUGACGAAAACAACCACCACAAUAAUAACCAUAAAAUGCAAGAUGACGGUAAAUAUUACGAUGAUACUGAUUGGCCCGUCAAAAACAAACAUCACAAUGUUAAAGUCCCGAUACUUCUUACUGAUCAAAACGAAUUCAAUUAUUUGACAUUAAAGCAUUCUACGAAUGAUAAUAAUCGCAACUAUGGAGAGAAAACUAUUGAUAAAGGAGAAAAUAAUCGCCAUACGCUCGUCAAAAACGUCCACGUCGAUAAUAAUGAAUGGAUAAAUAGACAUCAGCUGCCUCUGCUUCCCCAUAAUUUGAAUGGUCAGCUAUUUUCUAAUGCUGGUCACCAAACAUAUCAAUCAAAUUCCGCGGGCCUUUUGCCAUUAUUACCAAAUUUUAUACCUGUUCAUUAAUUUUAAAUAUAU